AUGGCGUCGGACCAAUCCCAGGCACUGUCGAAAAAGGUGUCGAUAUUCCGACGCUUCUCCAGACGAGACCGAGGCGAUACCCCUCCAUCGCCUUUUCUCAUGAACCAGGGCAUCCGCCCGCCUGUCCAACGAGCACCACGAAGACUGCAGCGUAACCGCUCCCACGCACCCGCUCCUGUCGGCCUCCUCACACCACCGCCAUCUCCACCAGAGAAAAGUUCCUUCGACUCCAGCGAGACAUCCACACGUUACCGCCAGCCUGCUCGCAACCACCUCACCACCCCUCCACAUUCGCCAGGCUCGCGAGAACGCGUCGUGCCCAACACUCUACUCACCAAGCCCUUUCCCGGAAACCCCCAAAUCACAUCAUGGAACAUCUUCCUUCCCCCUUCGCAAAUAUACUCGCUCUAUCUUGGCCACGCCCCUCAGGAAAUGGAGGAUAAGUGGUUCAUCUACAGUGAGGGGCCAGACCAGGCCGGCAAGCUCAAAGUCCACUUUCACCGGAGUUGGACGGGCAUCAAGGUCGCUGAGCUGUUCGUCGUCAUGGACACAAAAGGUGAGGGUGCAGGCAAGAUUGUCGGCAUCAAGUGGAAUGGCGGCGAAGACAUGAACUGGAUGAGCGAGGAAGAGGCCAAGUACAUGAUCCGCACCGCCUGCCGAUGGCAAUUGAAUGUUCACUUGGAAGAUUGA